CUCUCUCUCCCUCUCUCUCUGUCACUGUCUCUCUGUCUCUCUGUCUCUCACGCACAAACCGGCUGGCUCGUCUGAACUUGAAGACGCCUCACAUUCCAAGAUGCCUGAGGUUCCUGGGGAUGCCCGGGGUUCUUCGAUCUGGAAAAUCCUACCGGCGUCCUCCUAGGGAGGGAUUAUCUGUUUUUUUUUUUUUUUUUUUUUUGCUUUUUUAAAUCUGGAAGAGAACAAGUUGUGCUUUUUCCUCCCUUCUUCUUGCUAAAUGCCGUGGAUAUAACUGAAUAAACCGCUCAGGGCUCUCCCCGCGUGGACGUCCGAGGCCACCAUCUGCCUACGUUCGCCGGAGCCGGAGGGCUUAGCUCGAGCCGGUCUUGGGCAGGGAAGGAUGCGUGGCCGAGCCAGGGAGCCCGGGCGCCCCGCGGAGCCGGCCUCGGUGCCUCCCAGCCGGGGGUAGAUGCUGCCUCGCCCAGGAGAAUUAGUGGCCUGGCUGGAAGGGACUUCAAACCACAGGGUUGGAACCCUGGAUUUUCCAGAGAGGAAAAUAGAGACUCAGAGAGGGCGCCGUGGCCUGAGUGACCAGACCAUGGAGACCCUGCUUGGUGGCCUGCUGGCGUUUGUCAUGGCGUUUACCGUGGUCGACGCCUGCCCCAAGUACUGUGUCUGCCAGAACCUGUCUGAGUCACUGGGGACCCUGUGCCCCUCCAAGGGGCUGCUCUUCGUACCCCCUGACAUCGACCGGCGGACGGUGGAGCUGCGUCUGGGCGGCAACUUCAUCAUCCACAUCGGCCGCCAGGACUUCGCCAACAUGACGGGGCUGGUGGACCUGACAUUGUCCAGGAACACCAUCAGCCACAUCCAGCCCUUCUCCUUCCUGGACCUCGAGAGCCUGCGCUCCCUGCACCUCGACAGCAACCGGCUGCCCAGCCUCGGGGAGGACACGCUGCGGGGCCUGGUCAACCUGCAGCACCUCAUUGUGAACAACAACCAGCUGGGAGGCAUCGCAGACGAGGCCUUCGAGGACUUCCUGCUGACGCUGGAGGAUCUGGACCUCUCCUACAACAACCUCCACGGCCUGCCCUGGGGCUCUGUGAGGCGCAUGGUCAACCUGCACCAGCUGAGCCUGGACCACAACCUGCUGGACCACAUCACCGAGGGCACCUUCACCGACCUGCAGAAACUGGCCCGCCUGGACCUCACCUCCAACCGGCUGCAGAAGCUGCCCCCGGACCCCAUCUUCGCCCACUCCCAGGCCUCCGCCCUGACGGCCACGCCCUUCGCUCCGCCCCUGUCCUUUAGUUUUGGGGGAAACCCACUGCACUGUAACUGCGAGCUUCUCUGGCUGCGGAGGCUCGAGCGGGACGAUGACCUGGAGACUUGUGGCUCCCCGGGGGGCCUCAAGGGCCGCUACUUCUGGCACGUGCGUGAGGAGGAGUUUGUGUGCGAACCGCCUCUCAUCACCCAGCACACGCACAAGCUGCUGGUCCUGGAGGGCCAGGCGGCCACACUCAAGUGCAAGGCCAUCGGGGACCCCAGCCCCCUCAUCCACUGGGUGGCCCCCGAUGACCGCCUGGUGGGGAACUCCUCCAGGACUGCCGUGUAUGACAAUGGCACCCUGGACAUCCUCAUCACCACGUCUCAGGACAGCGGUGCCUUCACCUGCAUCGCUGCCAACGCCGCUGGGGAGGCCACGGCCACAGUGGAGGUCUCCAUUGUCCAGCUGCCACACCUCAGCAAUAGCACCGGCCGCACGGCGUCCCCCAAGUCCCGCCUCUCGGACAUCACUGGCUCCAGCAAGACCAGCCGGGGAGGUGGAGGUAGUGGGGGCGGGGAGCCUCCCAAAAGCCCCCCGGAACGGGCUGUGCUAGUGUCCGAUGUGACCACCACCUCGGCCCUGGUCAAGUGGUCGGUCAGCAAGUCCGCCCCCCGGGUGAAGAUGUACCAGCUGCAGUACAACUGCUCCGACGAUGAGGUACUGAUUUACAGGAUGAUCCCAGCCUCCAACAAGGCCUUCGUGGUCAACAACCUGGUGUCAGGGACUGGCUACGACCUGUGCGUGCUGGCCAUGUGGGAUGACACGGCCACCACGCUCACGGCCACCAACAUCGUGGGCUGUGCCCAGUUCUUCACCAAGGCCGACUACCCACAGUGCCAGUCCAUGCACAGCCAGAUCCUGGGCGGCACCAUGAUCCUCGUCAUCGGUGGCAUCAUUGUGGCCACGCUGCUGGUCUUCAUCGUCAUCCUCAUGGUGCGCUACAAGGUCUGCAACCAGGAGGGCGCCGGGAAGCCGGCGGCCACCGUCAGCAACAUGCACUCGCAGACCAAUGGGGCCCAGCCCCCCGCGCUGGGCAGCGCACCCAGCGGGGCCCCCGCACCCGGGCCACCCAAGGUGGUGGUGGGCCACGAGCUCAUGGACUUCAGCGCUGGCCUGGCCCGAGGCAGCGACUCCUCUUCCUCCAGUUCCCUGGGCUUCGGGGAGGCUGCAGGGCUGGGACGGGGCCCCUGGAGGCUCCCACCCCCCGCGCCCCGCCCCAAGCCCAACCUUGAUCGCCUGAUGGGGGCCUUCGCCUCCUUGGACCUCAAAAGUCAGAGAAAGGAGGAGCUGCUGGACUCCAGGACUCCAGGCGGGAGAGGGUCUGGGACAUCGGCCAGGGGCCACCCCUCGGACCGAGAGCCACUGCUGGGGCCGCCUGCGGCCCGGGCCAGGAGCCUGCUCCCUUUGCCCCUGGAGGGCAAGGCCAAACGCAGCCACUCCUUCGACAUGGGGGACUUUGCAGCUGCGGCUGCGGGAGGGGUCGCCCCUGGUGGCUACAGCCCCCCUCGGAGGGUCUCGAACAUCUGGACAAAACGCAGUCUUUCUGUCAACGGCAUGCUCUUGCCCUUUGAGGAGAGUGACCUGGCGGGGGCCCGGGGAACUUUUGGCAGCUCCGAGUGGGUGAUGGAGAGCACGGUGUAGGCCUGGGUGGGCGGGUGGGCAUCCUCCCUCCCACCCUGUCAGGGUGAGAGAAGAGGAAAGCAUCUUUACCCACAAGUCUUUGUGGCGUUUCCAUGGUGAUGUUUACAUCCAGGGACAGUUUUGUCUCCCUGUCAACGGCCUCCCCUCCCCACCACACCACACACACCACCUUCCCAGGCCCGUCCCCCACCGCCCAUCAGGCUGUGCUCAGGGAAAGCAGACUCGAUGGCUCAAAUGUCAGACUAAGCCCUGAGUGUUUGGAAAGGCGGGGCUCCUGCCUUUCUAAUCACAAAUGUAGCCUAUAAGCAAGCGGCUUUGCAUUGCUGAUGGUUCCGGUGUUGUUUUUAUUUCUUAAUUUAUUUCUUCCACUUC